AUGUCCUGGUUCCAAAAAACCUUCACCCUGCCCGCCAAAUCCCGCGGCAGCUACCUCAUCACCGACCAAGUGGUCUCCGAGCUGCCCGAGCUCCGCGACUACAAAGUCGGCAUGCUGCACCUCUUCGUGCAGCACACGAGCUGCGGGCUCUCGCUGAACGAGAACUGGGACGACGACGUGCGCGCAGACAUGAGCGAUGCCCUGGACCGCAUCGCGCCGUAUGAUCGCAAGGGGAACCUUUAUCGGCAUUCCGCCGAGGGGGAGGAUGAUAUGCCCGCUCAUAUCAAGUCCGCCCUGGUCGGCGCGUCCGUCACUAUCCCCAUUACCAAUGGCCGGUUGAACACCGGCACGUGGCAGGGUAUUUGGUACCUGGAGUUCCGGACGAGUCGGCAUAGCAGGAAGGUGGUGGCUACGAUUCAGGGGGAGAAGGCGUGA